GAACAGCACCAGCAGCUGGAGAAAGCACGGCAGGCGGACGAGAAGGAGAUUCAAAAUCUUCAGCGUGAGGUUGCCAAUGCAGAGUCCAAGCUUGCUGACCAGGAGCAGCAGUGGCGUGCCAAGGUUCUCGAGGCGCAGGGUGCCGCCCCGGCGACUGCUGUCCGCCGUGGGCAGAUCAGCAUCGAAGCUCUGGAGGAGAUUCAAGGCAAAGUUUCCGAAAGGGACGCCAGGAUCGCAGUCUUGGAGUCCGACCUCCAGAAGUCCAUGUCUGACCGCGAGAGCGCCGUGGCCGAGGAGCGUGCCAAGGUUCGGAAGCUCGAGCUGGAGCUGGGCUUAGUGGCUGAGGGCGACAUGGCCAAACUCCGCCAGGCCUUGCGCGCGGAGCACGAUGCAGAGGUUGCGCAGAUUUCACAGGCGGCACAGGAGUCCGUGCAAACCCUUCAACAGCUCCUGGACCAGACAGAGGAACACUUGCAGAGGCAGCAGCAAGACACAGCGCGGUUGCAUCAGAAUUUAUCAGAGCAGCGAGCGAAACAUGCAGAGGAGACUGUGCAGUUGCAGCAAGAGAUCGCCGGACUGCGACAAGAGCUUUUCCAGAUCCGGCAUCAACAGCAAUCCGAUGUGGGGGCAUCGGCCCGGCUUUCACCUCUGCCGCCGCCCCCGCCGGACGAGAGUGCCCGGCUGGGGGAUUCAAUCGGCUCUGAAGCCUUCGUUGGAAUGGAAGGUUUGGGCAAUCGGCUGGAUGAGCAGAGGGAGCAGGUCGUUUCGCUGCACCACCGCCUUGAGCAACAGCAUGAAGAGUUCCAAAGCCUCCUCGAUCAGCAGCAUCAAGAAGCUCGACGGCGAGAGGAGCAGCUGCGAGGCCGUGAGGAGCGCCUCCACCAGGAAUACCAGGCGCGAGAGCAGCGACUUCUGGACCUCCAAGAGGCACAGCGUCAACAACGUGACCAGGAGUUGCUGCGCAUCAAGGAGGAGCUGGCAUCGCUGCAUUCGGCCAAUGGUGCAAAUGCCGAGGUGCCUUGCCCUGCUUUGAUUGCCCACCCUAGCCCUGCCCCAACAAGCUUGGGUUGA